GCCAAAUAGUAAUGAGAAUAAUAUUGAUUUAAUGCUUGAUGAUUUUGAUGAUGAGUUGGCUUUGUUUCAUAGUACUUGUUCUAAUUUCCUAUUCACUUGUGAUUGUUCACAUGAUUCUCCAUGCCCUAUUUGUUUAGAAAUUAAUUCAUUUGUGCUUGAAAAUAGUAGCAAUCAUUUACUUGAUAAAAUAAUUGAUGAUGUAUGUUUGAGUGAAAUUAAUCAUGAGUGCACUUCUUUAGAACCCAAUAUGCUUGAGGAAGGGUUCUUUGUUGAUUUUAUAGGUCUAAAUGAUGAUAUGGCCAAGAACCCCCAUGUACUUAGAGGAUUUAUCAUUGCAAUGGAAGAGACCUUGGCUAACCAUGAAGAUGAUCAACCACAUAAAGUUAUGAAAGAUUCUACACCAUACAUCUUGGAGCCAUUACAAAUUGAUCUUGAGCCUCCACCUAAGAUGCUUGGAAUGAAGAUGAUAAUGAGUAGCUUCAUGUUACUCCUCAAAGAUGAAAAUUUCAACUUCAAGAGCUUGUGGAGAUUUAAACUAGGUGGCAUGUGACUUGUGCAUCAAUUGGGCAAUUGAGGUCAACACUCCUUGAGGUCAAUGGCUGAUGGUUUGCACGUGAAUUAUGAUUAUUUUGAGAGGUUAAAUCAGCUAAAAUGAUGUGGAUGACACAUGGGAAAUUAGGCACACAUUGGAAUCAUCUACAAACCAAUAGGAAGUUGCCACCUUGCAAGUGUGACAAGGCUCCCAUUUACAUUUUAAUUUCUUUUUCCUUAUUUUAAUUAAGCUUCAGCUGAUGGGAGACACCAAGGAGCACGCCAUUUUAAGCCUCAAAUGGGAUCCAACACAUAUCUCAUUCAUCUUCCACAUUCUCUCUCUCUUGU